AUGGAUGAAAGGAAAAAGAGAUUGAUAAAAAAUCCUCCAAGAAUCAUGCAGAUCCAUUAAUCAUCCCAUUCUCCAAACAUUAUAAAUUCAAGAUAUCCACCUUUGAAUACUUAACCCCAUUUCAUUCCUCCAACCUCUUUAGAGAGGAAAAAAUUUCCUUUCCUUUCUAAGAGAAUUAAUAAACUGGAAAAACACAUCCCUUUAACCUUUUUAUUAAUUCUCUUCUUUAACCAUGGAUUCUACAUCUCCAGCCAAGGAAAACAAUCAUGAUAAGGGUUCCUCCCUUGAAUUAGAUAAUGGGCAAUCCGCCCCUAGCCCAAUCAGUAAGAUGAUCGCCGUGGCAUCUAUCGCUGCUGGUGUUCAAUUUGGAUGGGCUCUUCAACUUUCUCUCUUGACCCCAUACGUGCAGACUCUUGGAGUUCCGCACGCAUGGGCCUCUUUCAUUUGGCUAUGUGGCCCAAUAUCUGGACUUCUUGUCCAGCCUAUAUGUGGUUAUUAUAGUGACCGUAGCACUUGCCGGUUUGGUCGUCGUCGUCCUUUCAUCUUUUUUGGAUCUCUAGCUGUUGCUAUUUCUGUCUUCCUCAUUGGAUAUGCUGCUGAUCUCGGUCAUUCAUUGGGUGAUGACAUAACUAAAAAAACUAGACCACGAGCUGUUGCUUUCUUCGUCCUAGGAUUUUGGAUCCUUGACGUAGCAAACAACAUGCUCCAGGGACCGUGUCGUGCUUUCCUCGCUGACCUUGCUGCGGGUGAUGAGAAAAAGACGAGAACAGCUAUGGGUUACUUCUCUUUCUUCAUGGCCCUAGGUAACAUCCUUGGAUACGCCGCAGGUUCCUACAGCAAACUCCAUAAUUGGUUCCCCUUCACUGAAACCGAAGCAUGUAACGUCUUCUGUGCGAAUCUUAAGAGUUGUUUCUUUUUCUCCAUUAUUCUCUUGGCAGUCCUUGCUGGUACCGCCCUCAUUAUCGUCGAGGACAAACCAAUGGAGAAGCAUAUGGUGAGUGAUGACGACGACAUGCAGGUUUCUUGCUUCGGAGAAAUGUUCGGUGCAAUGAAGGAAUUGAAGAGGCCAAUGUGGAUAUUGAUGUUAGUGACAUGCGUAAACUGGAUCGCGUGGUUCCCAUUCUUCUUGUUCGAUACCGAUUGGGUUGGUCAUGAGGUGUAUGGCGGAGUUGCAGGAGAGCCAGCAUAUGACAAUGGAGUGAGAGCUGGUUCUUUAGGACUUAUGCUUAAUGCUAUUGUUCUUGCUUUCAUGUCUUUGGCAGUAGAACCAUUGGGAAAAAUGGUUGGAGGAAUCAAGAGACUUUGGGGUAUCGUUAAUUUCAUUCUGGCUAUCGGCUUGGCAAUGACCGUCGUCAUUACUAAAAUUGCAGAACAAGAACGUCAGCUUAGUGGUGGUGCCACCAUUGGAAAUCCUUCCGAAGGUGUCAAGAUCAGCGCCAUGCUCUUCUUCGCAGUUCUUGGUAUCCCUAUGGCGAUUACAUUCAGUGUUCCUUUUGCUCUAGCAUCAAUUUAUUGCAGUGCUUCAGGGGCAGGACAAGGUUUAUCGUUGGGUGUUUUGAAUCUUGCAAUUGUGGUACCACAGAUGUUUGUGUCAACACUAAGUGGACCUUGGGAUGCUCUAUUUGGUGGUGGUAAUUUGCCGGCAUUCAUCGUGGGUGCGGUGGCUGCCGUCAUCAGUGCCAUAUUGGCGAUGGUUAUGUUGCCCUCGGUCAAACCGGAUGAUGAGGCCAAGGUUAAACUUGGUGGCAGUUUCCAUUGAUCUCGAUUGAAUAAUAUUAAGGGGUAUACAUAGGUUUUCUUUCCAAUAAUGCUUUGAUUGGGAUGUGUAAAAAGGAUCUUAGCAUUUUUUGAUUUGAAACUUAUGUAUUUUAGAUUGAUUUGAAUCCUCUGAUGUGAAUAAAAUUGAAAAUGAAUUAAACAUUGAUGGUAACAAAUCUCAUGAUUUAUCUUUGAUUUAACUCAAA